AUGGAAUCUUUGGAAGAAAAAAUAGAAUUCGUCAUGAAAAACAGAGGUGAAACUCCGAUGCUGCUUUUCGCUUCCAAAGUGGGUGAUUUGGAAAUUUGCGGCUAUUUCGUGGGAAUAGGGGCCAACGUCGUCGGCACCGUGGACAAAAUAGGCUCCAACGUCUUCCACUACGCCGCCAGGAACGCCGCGCAUGGCUUGCAACUGCUCGAAUACUUUGCGAGCCUCGGAGCAGACGUCAAAAGAAAAAAUGACGUUGGUGAGGGAGCGGAAAUGGUUGCCGUCAAAGAGGGAAACUUCGACUUCGCCAUUGCACUGUUCAACAAAAGAUCAGAUGAUAUCAGCUUCUUGGCACACUGCAUCGCCUAUCAGGUUAAACUGGACUUAUUGAAGUCUUUGUACGAGAAAAACGCGUCCGUGGGAAACGUGGACAACAACAUCGACUUGAAAUAUCUGAUUCCCGUAGCGGCAGGGUUCAGAGACUUGGACAUCAUGAAGUGGGUACUCGAGAUCUGCAGAAGCAGCUUGGAAUAUAGCAGUCAUGUGAGAAAAGGAAUUCUCCUUUCGUCUCUAAAGGCAUGCGGAGACAACAUGAAGCACAGCGAGCAAAUCGUUAGGUUUUUAAUGGAAGAGUGCAGUCUGGAACUUUUGCCGAGGGAUUUGGAGUUUCUUUUGAAAUCCGCAUUUUUGAAAGGAAACAUUCCAAUGGCAGAUUAUCUGAUGAAGAAGCAUGGCGCUUCUAUAUUGGAUAGAAAAUCAUCGUUUCUUGAAGAACUCAUCAGCGAUGAAAACGUGAAGGUCGAGAGCAUUGGAGAAUUCCUCAACCUGGCCGGAAAGAAGAUGGAUGAGUUCCUCAUCUAUCCUCUCCACUUAGCUUCUCAGCAUUCGAGGCCUGAUGUGUGCGAAUGGAUGGUUCGUCAGGGCUUGGACGUGACUGCUGUCGAUAGGACCACGUUGGGCACGGUUCUCCACUAUUCUGUUUUGAAUAAAUCGCACGGAUUGGCGAACAUUCGAUUCUUUGCCCCGAAAAUGCCCGUGAAAGACAUGAACCGAAAGGAUGUUCUAGGCAAAACGGCGCUUCAUGUUGCCCUCUGCAAAUCAAGACUGGACAUGGCCGAGGAACUGAUCAAAUGUGGCGCUGAUUUAGACGUCGAUUUUAAAGGAUGCAAUCUGCUGCUUUAUUGCGUGGGAAGAAACAGGCUGCUCAGCGCCAAGUUUGUGUACGCAAAAAAGAAGAGCAUGGUCAAUGGACUAGGACCAGAAGGAAAGAUCGCUUUGCACAUCGCCAGCGAGUUAAAAAACAAGCACAUGCUCCAGUGGCUGAGGGAAAUCACCACCCCGACCUUGACGCUGAAGGAAAUACUCGACAAUAUUGCAUCACGUUAG